AUGUGGACACCUCCUCAGGAUUAUAUCAACAGACCAGUAGCUGUGCUCGGUGGUGGCGUUCUGGGAAGACGUAUUGCUUGCUGUUGGGCUUCUGCUGGAUACAACAUUCAAAUCAGAGAUCCUAGUGAACAACAACGCCAAGAUGCUGUUGAGUAUUUCAACGCCAACGUAGCAUCUUACGCCGAAGCAACAGGAAAGGCUCCCGGUAAUGUUACCGUUUACGACGACUUGGAGUCUGCGGUCAAGAACGCAUGGCUCGUGUUCGAAGUCGUUCCCGAGAAGCUCAACAUCAAGAUCGAGACAUUUGCCGAGCUUGAGAAACUGGUAAGUAGCUCGUCCGAAGCAACCAGGGUAUGGCCAUGGGAAGCUAACCAUACCUCGUCCUCAAGNGCUCCGAGAGAUUGCAUACUUGCGUCCAACUCGUCAUCUUACAAGUCCAGCGAGAUGAUCGAGAAGGUCAGCGACGAAACGAAAUGCCGGAUUCUCAACACGCACUACUUCAUGCCACCAGCUAUUAUGAUGGUGGAACUUAUGACUGACGGCUACACGCAUUCGGAGAUCUUUUCCUUCUUAGCAGCACGCCACAAGGAGGCAGGCCUUGUCCCCUUCAUCGCACGCAAAGAGUCGACUGGCUUCAUCUUCAACCGAACGUGGGCUGCUAUCAAGCGCGAAUUCUUAACCAUUCUGGCCGAGGGCGUGUCGACACCGGAGGAGUUGGAUCAGAUGUGGACCUUGUUCUGGGGCUCUAAACAGACUCCUUGUCGUAUUAUGGACCGUAAGUCUACUCGGUUAAUGAAUUGCCGAACAAUCGCUGACAGUGUAAAAUANGAGGUCGGACUAGAUACUGUUCAGUUCAUCGAAGAACAUUACGUCAAAGAAAGAGGCCUCUCCAAAGAAAAGACUGUCGGCUUCCUGGAGGAGAAUUACAUCAAGCAGGGGAAGCUUGGCGACAAGUGUCAGAACGGUGGUUUAUACCCUCCUUCGGCGCCUGAUACCUCGAAGAUUGUCCUCUGCGAGCUUGGUGUCUCAAAGUCAUUGAAAGGAAAGACAACAACCGAGCAAGUACUCAGCAACGGACGUUUGUUCCAGGUUUCCAAAGAUGGCAGCAAGCCGUCGUCUCUCCUGGAAAAAGCUGGUCUGCCUGACGGUGUCGAGUACUGCAAAGCCGACAAACGUCUGUAUGUCACUGACAUGGGCACAUUCGGAAACAACGAUGGACGGGUGUUCUCCUGCAAGCUCGAUGGUAGCAAUGUCAAGGAGAUCGUGCCGCGUGGCAGUGUGCAUACUCCAAAGCAGACAGUGAUUGACGAACCACACGCAAAGUUGUACUUCUGCGAUAGAGAAGGCCUCCGCGUCAUGUGUUGCGAUCUCGAUGGCCACAAUCUGCAGACACUGGUACAGACCGGCGAUUGGCAAAAGCCAGAAGACAUCGCAGACCAAACAAAGUGGUGUGUUGGAAUCACACUUGCUCCCAAGCUCGGCAAGUUAUUCUGGACACAAAAGGGCUCACCCAAGAGUGGCAAAGGUCGCAUCUUCAGUGUCAACAUCAACAUGCCCGCCGGUCAGACGGCUACGACCAGAUCGGACAUUGAGUGUGUCUUGGAUAAGCUACCAGAGCCGAUCGAUCUUGAAUUCGACAACGACACCAAUGUGCUUUACUGGACUGAUCGAGGAGAAGUUCCAUACGGCAACAGCUUGAAUAGAGCAGAACUCGAUGCAAACGGUCAUGCACGUCCGAUAACAUCUGGUUUGUUUCCCAAACACGAAAUCAUCGCACAGAAUUUCGACGAGGCCAUUGGACUCAGGUUGGAUAGCGCAAACGGUAGUAUCUAUGUCGCCGACCUUGGUGGUACAUUGUGGAAAGUCCANGGGGGCGUCAAGUCGAAGAUGUUCGAGGACAAGACCAAUGCCUUUACAGGAUUUGUAAUAGUACCAUAG